AUGAUCAGGAGCAGAAUCACCGACACCCUGCACGUUGGCGACGGCCGCCAACUCGCGCUGAUCGGCGGCCCGUGCGUCAUCGAGUCCGAGGAUUUCACCCUCAGAAUGGCCGACGGCAUCCGCGAGGUCUGCGAUCGUCUGGGCAUCCCGAUGAUCUUCAAGUCCUCUUUCGACAAGGCCAACCGGACGUCCAUCGAUGCCUUCCGGGGCCACCCGAUGGAUGCCGGCCUCAAGAUUCUCCAGCGCGUCAAGGACGAGGUUGGGGUGCCGGUGUUGACGGACGUGCACGAAAGCGACCAGGCGGCGACCGUGGCAGAGGUCGUGGACGUGCUGCAAAUCCCGGCCUUUCUGUGCCGCCAAACCGACUUGCUACUGGCCGCCGCCGCCACGGGCCGGGCCGUCAACGUGAAGAAGGGCCAGUUCCUCGCCCCUUGGGACAUGCGGCACGUGGUGGGCAAGCUGGAGUCCGGCGGCGCGCACGACAUUCUCUUGACCGAGCGCGGCACCUGCUUCGGCUAUAACGCCCUGGUGGUCGAUUUCCGCGGCCUGCCGCAAAUGCGCGAGCUUGGCUACCCCGUCGUUUUCGACGCCACGCACAGCGUACAGAUGCCGGGAGGACAGGGGAGCCGAUCGGGCGGCCAGCGGCAAUUCGUGCCCCAUCUGGCACGCGCCGCCGCGGCGCUCGGCAUCGACGUGCUGUUCAUGGAAAUCCACGCAGACCCCGACAAUGCCCCGAGCGACGGACCGAACAUGGUUCCGCUGCACCAGCUCGAAGAGCUCCUGCAACAAGUGUUACGAGUGCGCGAAGCGCUUCAGGCGUCGCCGCCGGUCGUCUUGCAAUAG